AUGCACUUGGUUUUCCAUACCUGUGAAGUUAAAAAUAGUAGGGUUAAGAUGGCGCGUGUCAGCGUGCUUAUCGUCAUGCUCUGUCAGAUUGUCACUCUGCCGAUCCUGGGUGGUAGGGGACAAGACAGCAGCCCUCUUUUAGACAUUGCGUCUUCCUUCCUACAAAACAUGGCUGAAGGUGGCGACAACGUUAACGGUAUGGCGGCCGUCGGGAGUAUUGUCGGCUCCCUGAUGCAAGGAGACAAUGCGAAGAAUCUUGGAGCGCUGUUUGGACAGACAGAUGGUGGCAAUGCCGGCGAUAUUCUCUCAGGUCUCGGCAGCCUGCUGGGUGGACAGGACGGUAAAAUAGAUCCCGCGUUAAUGGGCUCCAUGAUAUUGAUGUUCGCCCAGCAGAUGGGAAACGGGCAGGCAAACCAGCGACAGAAGAGGCAGAGCCAAGAUGGGGAGAUGAAUCUCGAUAGCAUAUUAAGCCUGGCCUCCGGUUUUUUGGGGAACAAAAACACAGCUGGCCUCCUACCUCUGGUCAUGAGCACCCUCAACUCGCUCUCCGCUCCUGAGGCCGAUAAGCGUGCGGAAAGUCACAAAGACCACGCGUCGUUCCUACCCCCCUUCUUGGAGAAGGCUCACCUGUAUUGGGACUUGUUCAUAAACUCUCAACUGGGCAAAACUAUAUGGGAGAAGUCAGGACUGAAGCGCAUAAUGAAGGCGUUUACUAUAUCAGACGGCUCGCUAAGCUUCGAUCUGAUGCUAAGAAACUUCGAGAACCACUCGUUCAGGAGGCACUGGAUCAAGACCGCUGCUAAGUACCUCACAGAUUUGGUUGUACACGUCGCCAAACCCGAAGUAUAUCAGAGGUACCUGAUAACGGCUGAGUACGUCGUGAACAGCUUUCUGGACGCCCAAGGGUUCCCGUCAAACACCCACUUCGACACGAAGCGGCCGGCGGAGUCCUUGAGCGUGAUGAUCAACCACGCCCUCCGACGCCAUCUUGACGUAGACACGGACGUUUCGGACUACGUCAAACCCGCCAUCGAUUAUGUCAAGCAAACGCUGAAAAUGGCGCACGCCACCUCGCAGUCCAUGGCCGGCCGCGACAGGAACUUGCUGGCCGACCGUCUCACGGACACCCUGAACCUGGAGGUCAUUGAACCCGUUCUCCGGGUGUACCGCGCGUACAAACACUCCGUGGAGGCGCCCCACUGCCAGGAGCACCUCAUGUGCCUCGUCAACCGCCACGAUAAAGAGCAGCAAGGUCUACCUGGCUUCAAAGCGGGUCUCACAAAGCUGAGUAGUCUGGUCGCUUCCGCAGCGUUAAGCUUCCAGAACGGGAAGGGAUUCUGGGAUCUGUACAACGCAAUACAGAGCGACGUAAACUGUGAGGCGAAAUAUCCGGCAGACUGCGCUUCUUUCCACGAACACGAACUUAAAGUCACUACAGAGGUGUACCAUAAUGAAUUA